AUGGAGCAAUCUGCACUGCUCUUUGACGACUUCGCGACCGCUCAUGCAGACGAGAAUGGCUGGAUGAUCGCGACCACCAUCUCACCUGAACCUCCCAAACACGAUCCUGGCCGGCUGUACAAGUUCCGCAACAUCAACGCAGGCUCGAUCCGCACAGAUCUCCAAUACAAGUUGCAGUACAACCCAGUCCUGCGUAUAGACAAGAAGGAAGCCCAGGCAUGGCUGGAAGUCUUUGUCACGUACCACAAAUUCGUGGCUUGCCUGCUGCAAGCUGAAGAAGCGCAGACCGCAGGCAAGGUCAACAACGCCAACUGGAGUAAAGUCUACGAUGACUGGAAGGAGGUCGUCAACAUACUCUACCGCGGCUACACAGGCAACUCCUUCGCAGCCUGGACUAUUCCUUGUCUCUACGUCGCAGGACGCUACUUGCGCAUCUUUGCCAUUAAGGCCGACGAAGAGCUCGCAAUAAAGCGUGACAGCGGCAUGGCCUUUGGUGGCAUCCUGGAUGAGGAUGCCUUCGACGCAAGCAGCAAGAAUGACAAGCUGGAGGAUGCUGGACGUCAAAUCAACCGUGUCUUCGCCCUCUGCCUUGGUGACCGCGCUCCGCUCGAAGACUCACGCAAGUGGGCACUCUACUAUGUCGCCGUUCUGCUGUUCAAAACGCAUUUCAAACUCAACCACAUCUCUCUUUCCAAGAAUAUCCUGAAGUCGAUCUACGCUGGUGGUAACGACAUGCCGCCGUUUGACAACUAUCCAAAGAGUCACCAGGUAGCGUUCAAGUACUACGUGGGCGUCAUUCACUUCCUCGAAGAAGACUAUGCCGCCGCUGAGGAGCAUUUGACUGCAGCAUAUCGAAUAUGCCACGCUACCGCAUCGCCCAAGAAUGUGCGACUGAUACUGACAUACCUCAUCCCCACGAAGCUACUUACGUCGCAGAAGCUGCCAUCAAAGGCAAUGCUCUCACACGACCCCGAGCUGAACCGACUAUUCAGACCGGUCUGCGAUGCGAUACGGAGAGGAGAUCUCAAAGCAUUCACGGAAGCACUGGAGAGUGGCGAGGACGAGUUCGUGAAGCGGAGGAUAUAUCUAACGCUGGAGCGAGGGCGAGACAUGGUGCUUCGAAACAUAUUCCGCAAGGUUUUCUUGGCCAGCGGGUAUGAGCCAGCAAAGGAAGGUGAUACUGCACCUCCACAGCGAAGAACGCGCAUUCCCAUCGAUGAGUUUGCGGCAGCACUCCAGAUAUCGGGAGCCGAGGUUGGUGAUGGCAAUGGUGGGAUUGAUACGGAUGAGGUUGAGUGUUUGCUUGCGAAUGCAAUCUAUAAGAGUCUCAUGAAAGGAUACAUCGCAAGAGAAGCGAGGAAAGUCGUGCUCAGUAAAGGCGGUGCCUUUCCCGGAACAGGUGUAUGA